GCGGGCCAGACUAACAUUAUCAUAAAUAUCGUCUUCCGUCUUCAGCCAGCUUUCAACAGAGAAGCAGAGAGACGAAAGAAUCAACCAACGCAUACGUACACUAUUGUGAUAUCCAUCUUUUUUUCAAUAUGGGUAGCGUAGAAGAUCCCCCCAAGUGGAUUGGUCCCUCCUCUGUCUACGAGGUCAAAAAUAUCACCCUCCAUGAUCCGGGCAACCGCAAACUUCGCGUUAUCACCAUUGGUGGCGGAGUGAGUGGCAUCAUGAUGGCCUACAAGAUCCAGCAGGAAUGCGAGAAUGUAGAGCACGUUGUGUACGAACGAAACAGUGGCAUUGGGGGAACGUGGUUUGAGAAUCGCUAUCCCGGCUGCGCUUGCGACGUACCUUCCCACGCUUACACUUACCCCUGGGCGCCCAACCCUGACUGGCGUGCUUUCCUGGCAUCCUCAAAGGAUAUCCUCACCUACCUCCAGAAGGUUGUUGAGCGCCUUGACUUAGCCAAGUAUCUGCACGUUAACCACCAGGUAGCCGGGGCUCGGUGGAAUGAAGAGAAAGGUAAAUGGGAGGUGAAAAUACAGGUCGUUGAGCCAAAAGCUGAUUGGUCAUCGCCCGAGCCCCUGAAAGUUUUGAGAGAGUUCGACGACGAAGCAGAUAUUUUGCUACAUGCGACAGGAAUCUUGAACCGCUGGGAUUAUCCUGAUAUUCCUGGACUGAAAGAUUUCAAAGGACGCAUUGUACAUACAGCUGGCUGGCCUGAUGACUAUGGUCAGGAACAGUGGAAAGGUCAAAAUGUUGUUGUGAUUGGCAGUGGUGCAAGCUCUGUCCAAACUGUUCCUACGAUGCAGCCUCAUGUCAAACACAUGGACAUCUUUGUCCGAACUCCCGUCUGGUUUGUCCAGAUUGUCGAUAACUUCGGUAACAACUACGAGUAUUCCGAAGAGGAACGCACUUUCUACCGCCGCAACCCAGACAAACUGGUGGCCCAUAUCAAGGAGUUAGAGGACGCUUUCAACAUUCGAUUUGACCACAACAUACUUGGCAGUCCGGAGCAGGUGGCCCUCGCUAAGCAGGUUGAGGCUCGUAUGCGUGAGAUGAUCAAGAACGAGACAAUUUUGGAAGGAAUCCUUCCGAGCUUCCCUGUGAACUGCAGGAGAAUGACUCCAGGUGAUCCAUACAUGAACGCUAUCCAACAGCCGAAUGUAUCGGUACACUUUACUGCAGUAACAAAUAUCACCCCCGAUGGUGUCAUCGGAGCGGAUGGCACAGAGGUGAAAUGCGACACUAUUGUAACCGCUACUGGCUUCGACGUGAGCUUCAAGCCACGCUUUCCUGUCAUUGGGAGGAAUGGGGUCGACCUACGUGAGAAGUGGAAAUACGCAGCAGAAGCUUACUUCGGGCUUGCCUGUGCUGACAUGCCAAAUUGGAUUACCUUCCUCGGUCCCAAUUGGCCUGUCGCAGCUGGGUCAAUUAUCGGUGCCCUUGACGCCAACGGCGACUACGCCAUCCAAUGCAUUCAAAAACUACAAAAAGAACUCAUCAAGAGUUUCUGUCCCAAACAAGAAGCUUCCGACGCCUACAACGAACAUACCCAAACCUGGGCCCAGAAAGUAGUCUGGGGUCAAGGAUGUCGAACAUGGUACAAAGACAACGAAACCGGUCGUCUGCGCGCCGUCUACGCCGGCUCCUCCCGCCACUACCGCGACAUGAUCUCUACCGUACGCUGGGAAGAUAUGGACAUUGAGUACCUGGACAAGCACAACAAGUACGCGUUCAUGGGCAUCGGGCGACACAUGUGCCAGAGCGCGGUGGGCAAGAGCAAGGGCGUGAACCCUUCGCCGUAUUGCGAUCCUAAGAGAGUAGAUGCGCGAUUUUUGGCUGAUGAUUGAUGAAGAAAUGCUUAUUAUGGGCUGGGGCCGCUUGGGGAGGAGGGGUAUGUUUGAUGCAGUCACUCGUUACGAUUACAGUCCUAGUUGGUUUGUGAAUAGCCUGGAUUCCUAUAUUUGGUGAUGC